GAACUAUCGUGUGAAGCCGCGAGCCGCCGCCGGAGCCGCUCGGUGAGUCGCGUCGCCUCGCCGCGGGCCGCCCGAGGAGCCACCUGGACGCCUCGCAGUGUGAAGGUCGGACACGGGCGCCAUGGACGAAACGCCGGAAUUCGGGACGGAGAAGCUACGGAGGGCAUGGGCCACCACGGAAUCCAACCCCCAUGAUAUGGAGGCAUGGAGCUUGAUCAUACGUGAUGCCCAGAACCGUGCCAUAGACAGUGCCAGACCCAUCUUUGAACGCUUGGUGACGACUUUCCCCACCACGGGCAAGUUCUGGAAGAUGUACAUAGAGCAAGAGAUGAGGUCUUAUAAUUUUGAAAAAGUGGAAAAGUUGUUCCAGAGAUGUUUAACAAAAGUUCUCAACAUAGACCUAUGGCGACUAUAUGUGACUUAUGUGAAGGAGACCAAGUCCAGCUUACCCACAUACAGAGAAAAGUUGUCUCAGGCAUAUGAGUUUGCCACUGACAAGAUUGGCAUGGACUACAAUUCCUACACUCUGUGGAACGACUAUGCGAAUCUGCUGAAGAAUGUUGAGGUUGUGGGUUCUUAUGCAGAGAACCAGAAGAUUAUGGCCGUCAGAAAGGUGUACCAAAGAGGCAUCGUGACCCCAAUGGCCAACAUCGAGCAGCUAUGGAAAGAUUAUCUGGACUUCGAGAAGAACAUAAAUCCCAUUAUUGCCGAGAAGAUGAACAUCGAGCGAGGCCGCGACUACAUGAACGCAAGAAGAGUGGGCAAGGAGCUGGAAACCGAGACGAGGGGUCUUAACCGCCAUCUGCCAAGCGUGCCCCCCUCAGGCUUGCCCGAAGAAACAAAGCAGGUUGAAAUCUGGAAGCGAUACAUUAGAUGGGAGAAGGACAACCCCUUGAGAACAGACGACCAGACGCUGGUUACCAAACGCGUGAGAUUUGCGUACGAGCAGUGCCUCCUCUGCCUGUCCUAUCAUCCGGAUAUUUGGUAUGAAGCGGCACUCUUCCUGCAAGAAUCCUCCAAGCUCCUGUCAGAAAAAGGGGAUGUGAACGCCAGCAAAAUCUUCAGCGAGGAAGCAGCUCAAAUCUACGAACGUGCUAUCUCUGGUCCUUUGAGAAAGAACCAGCUCCUGUACUUUGCCUAUGCGGAUUUUGAGGAGUCCCGCCUCAGAUAUCAAGAAGUGCAUAAGAUUUAUCAGCGGUACAUAGAAAUGGAAGAUAUUGAUCCAACCCUGGCCUACCUUCAGUAUAUGAAAUUUGCUCGACGAGCGGAAGGGAUAAAAUCCACAAGAGAGGUCUUCAAGAAAGCGCGAGAGGACGUUCGGACAAAGUUCCACAUCUACGUUGGUGCUGCUCUCAUGGAAUACUACUGCACAAAGAAUAAAGACAUUGCUUUCAGGAUAUUCGAACUGGGACUCAAGAAGUGUCCGGAUAAUGCAGAUUACAUCAUGGCCUAUGUUGACUAUUUAUCCCAUCUGAAUGACGAUAACAACACGAGAGUCUUGUUUGAAAGAGUGCUAACCUCAGGACAGCUGAAAAAUGAGGACACUGUUGGGCUGUGGAACCGUUUCCUGGAAUUUGAGUGCAACGUCGGCGAUCUUGCGUCCAUUGUCAAGGUCGAGAAGAGAAGAGCUCAUGUCUUGCAGAAGCUGCAAGAAUUCGAGGGCAAAGACACAGCACAGCUUGUUGACCGGUACAAGUUCAUGGAUCUCUACCCGUGCACACCUCCCGAACUGAAAGCCAUUGGUUACCGCGACAUUUCAACCCACAACAUGAUCAUCAACCCAAACGUCCCCAGAGGAUUGUCAAUCCACGACUCUCAGGAACCGACCUAUGCAAGACCCGACUUCUCCCAGAUGAUCCCCUUCAAACCCAAGGCCAAAUAUAUCCCUGGAGAACACCCAGUCAAAGGUGGUGCUUUCCCUCCACCUCCUGCUGUUGCCAAUCUGCUGUCCAUGCUGCCGCCUCCCCAUUGCUUCCGAGGUCCCUUUGUCAAGCUCGAUGCAUUGGUUGACCUCUUCAUGAGACUGAAUCUUCCUGAACAAGGAGGUCAGUGGUCAACGACUGGAAGCCACGACGUCAGACUGUUUGAACUCUCCAAAUCCGUACACUGGGUGGUGGACCCCAGUGGCGACCGGAAGAGAAAGCUGGUUCCUGGUGACGAUUCAGACGAUGAAGAUGGGAACAAACCCAUUUUAACAAGUGAUAUUUACAGAGCCAGACAACAGAAAAGAAUGAAGAUUUCAUGAGGUGUUUGCUGCAGGAGGACAUGAAGCAUCAGUAAUUGCUUCAAGACUUCAUACAUUAUUGUGUAACUCAAAUGCAAGUAUCUGUUGAGUAACUAGGCAAGAGGAUAUUUUGAAAAAUUCUAGUAGUAGAUGGAUUUGAUAUUCAGAUUAUUGCUAUUCUUUUGAACAAUAUGACUUGUCAAGUACAUAUAUUGAACUUUUUAUGUACAAAGAAAUCUACACAUUUUACCUGAAGUAAAAUAAUAAAGUUGAAUGUUUUUA